GGGGCUCUUUAAUCGGUUGCUUUUCGCACCCGCAGAACAUUUUGAAGACAGAAGAGGUGGCAUGUACAUGAGAUGAGCUUCUACAGUUCAACAGUGAGCAGCUUCUCCAGUGGUUCAGACCUGACAUAUGGUGAGGGAGAGUUUGGAGAUAGUGACCAGUCUUCUACCAUUGCAGGAAGUUCCAACCCCAGCCAGUCAGAGAGUGUGAGUCAUAUACAAAGAUCCUCCCAAAGCUCACUCAAGUCGUCCGCAAGCUAUGAGAGUAGCAGUGCCGAUCCGAGUUACCAUAGCGAUAAGCAAUCAAGCGAGUCGGGUAGUGAGUUCGGUGCCAAUGUGAGUGGGUUUGCUGAGAGCUCCAGUGGUAGAAGCAACGUCAGCUCUAUUGUCAGUGACUCUGAUGAAGAAGGGAGUAAUGAGGAUACUAUAACUGAAGAUUCAGAAAGCUCGGGAGAUGAUCUCUCUGUGGAUAGCGUACCGAGCUCUCGGCAGAGCAUUGCAUUCAUAACGGAGCCUAUAGGGGGGAGGGAAGAGCUUCGAACACGAUUUGCCACCCCCAAACAGAAACAAGAGCCUAGUUUGAUUCAGUCUGUCAAAACGGGGGAUAUUUCAAAAGUUAGACAAAUCUUGAGAAGUGGUUCAGAUACUAACACGACCGAUUUCAGUAACCGAACUGCACUGCACGUUGCGUGUGCAUUUGGACGUCUUGAGAUGGUCAAGCUUCUUAUAUCCAAAGGUGGGAAUGUGGAUACCGGUUCCUUGUCAGGAAAGACAGCUCUCCAUGAGGCUUGCAUUGGCGGCCAUUACCAUGUGCUCAUGCUGUUGAUAUCAGAAGUGGCUGAUCUGGAUGUAGUGGACAAGAAAGGCAUGUCCGCUGCUCACUACUGCGCCCUCAACGGAGAGGUGGAAUGUCUCACACUCCUCUCUAACCAGGGCUGUGACAUCUGCCUGGAGGACAGUGAGGGUCGCACAUGUGUCCACCUGGCUGCCCUGCAUGACCAUCCCCAAAUCAUUCAGUGCCUCCUUGACAGAGGCAUGGAGUUGGACAUGGCCGAUAGAGAGGGGAGGACCCCUGCUCAUUAUGCUGCUCACCAUGGCAACCUGGAAAGCUUGAGGUUACUAGUCAAAAAUGCUGUGGACAUUUCUAUUGGAGACAAGGAUGGAGUCCUCCCUGUACAUGAAGCAGCCGCCCAUGACAAACCAGAGUGUUUCAAGUUUCUCCUGAAGAAUGGUGCCAAAAUGUCAGACAAAGACAACAAUGGGAGAACACCUUUGCACAAGGCUGCUCAAAGUGGGGGAAUAGUUUGCCUUCAUUUCAUACUGGAGAAGCCAAUCAAUCCUAACAUCACAGACAAGGGAGGUAACACACCCCUCCACAUGGCGGCCAUGUGUGGCAUGUCUGAGUGCUUCUACUGUCUCUUCCAGCACGGGGCUAAUCAUACCCUCCUCAAUGAGAGGGGGGAGUCCCCUCAUGAUGUUGCUAAGAGGCAUGGAAAGUCGAAAGUUAUCAGCCUAGCGUUUGAGGGUGCUCGAACAUGUCUCAAGUGUGUUGAGAAGGCAGCCUGGCAGAGUUUGCAGGACUCCACUCCACCAUCUCCCCUCCACAACCGACUGGAGACCAGCAAGACCACUCUCUUCCUCCACCCCACACUAUCCCCUGCCUCAAGGUCUCUGUCAGUGUUAAAAAAGUCGAGUUCCAGGUCUGUGCCCGGCAUCUCCUCAGCCAGGACACACUCCAGCCCUGCCCCACUGUCCAAGAGAUCACUAGCCACCAAGUACUAUGGACCUGUACUGUAGAUAGACAAUAUAGAAAAAUGUGCUGUGUAACACGAUACUGUCCUCAUUGUUUUCUUAGAGUCGAUCCACCAUAAAAAUAA